AUGAAAAAAAUAGAGGCUAAGCAGUGUUGUAAACAAGCAAGGUUUCACAAAUUGUUAGAUGUUGAAAGUGUAAAGGAUCAAAUGCUUGUUUCUUAUUAAUAGGAUUUCCAAUUAUUGAAACAUUUUUUCUCAAACUUUGAUCCUGACUAUGUGGAAUACUUAAAGGACAUAUACUCAACAAGUUUUGAUGCAAUUUACAAUACACAGGAAAUAUUAAAAAUAGUUUAGAGCAGACUUAAACAUGGAGAGAAAACACUAAAAUAAAGUAUCAGAAAGAAUUUAAUUUAAUUGUUAUAAUUAGAAUAGCCAGUUCCAGCAUUAGUAUUCUUUUUAAAAAUCACACCUACAUCAUUUGAAAUUCAUUACAAAGAAGAUCUUCUAUUAAUACUUGAUACAAUGCUUUAGAAAUUUAAUUUUGAUUUAAGAUCAGAGAUUUACAAAAGCUUAUAUGAUGCUCUAAUAGAAACUACUGAUGAAGAAAUUAUAUUACUUAGUAUAAAGCUAUUAAAUUCAAAAUUUGAUUUUACUAAUCAAUUCAAUUAGAAGCAAUUUGAUAUACUAGAUUAAAUUCAUAGUUAGAUUAGUUUAAUUAAUUUGCAAGAAUCAAAGGAUAUAAUAAUACAAUUGGUAAAGCAUUUUAAAGAAUUUCAUGAAAAAUUAAAAUACAAAAGAGAAAGUCUUGAUUAAGUUAAGUCAGAGAAAUUUCCUUAAUUUGUUUUGAAAGUAGUGCUUAUGUUAUUAAAAGAACAAGAAAUAGUAAUCCCAGAGUUACUUACCUUUUUAUUCUUUAAAGACACACCUGAUAAGAAGAAGUGUAUUGCUAUUAAGUCAUAAGUUAAAGAAAUUUAAAAAAUGUUUGAAAUACCAAGAAUGAAAACUUGUUUGAAUUUAUUAAAGAUUGAUGACAGUAUUUUUUCAAAAGGGGCAAUUGGUUACGAGUAAGUUUACUCUAUUUGCUAAAAAGAAUAUCCAAUAUUUCUGAGUUUGAAAUUGAAUGGAGCUCUAAUCUAAUAUAUUGAAUUUCUUCAUUCAAUGACUCAUGUUAACACAGAUUAAUUCAUAUAAGUCUUUCAUAAUACUGCCUUUGAAGACUUCUUAACAUCGAUUUGGAAUAUUUGUGGAAAAGAAAUCUAAUAAUUAUUAUAGAAUAUAUUAAUAGAGGAUUUAGAAUAUGCUAAAUAUGGUUCAAACAUCCUAAGGAUUGGCACAUUUUUAUAUAGAAUCAAAUUUAAACUAGAAAAAAAAAUCAUAAAUAACAUAGAAAGAGGUGGAGAUUUAGAAGAAUAAUCAAUAGAAAGAAGAGCAGAUAGUAUGAAUCCGCUUUUUAAAACAUUUAUCACAUAUUUAGUAUCAAAACAAAUUCCAUUCCCAUUAUUACUCAAAACAUUGAAAAUGGAUUACUAUAACUUAAAAAUUGGAUAUCGAAUAACUGAUAUGAGAGAAUUAGUAGUUGAUCCUAAAUUUAAAAGUUAUAUGAAAUAAUAUCAUGGUGUAAUUUGCAAUAAAUAGGAUCCUGAUGAAAAUUUAGAUCAUAUUAUUACUAGAUAAUAUCCAAUAAAAGCAAAUAAUAAUGGAAAGAAAUAUGAAUUGAAUUGGCCAAGAUUAAUUAAGAAAUAAGUUAAAUUAAUUUUUGAGAAUAGAGAAUUACUACAAUAAUAACUAAUAGAAAUUCAUUAGAACCAGAAUUUUAUGAAAGUUUAUAAUGAAUUAAUUAAAAUAAAUGACAAUAAUAAAAAGAAAAUGCAAACUAAAGAAAUAUUAAUAGAAUUGGUUGCAUAUAUUAAAUCCAUUCAAAAUCAAUAAUGA